AUGAAAAAAUUGUUAUUGCUAUUGUUUGCUACCUUAAGUUUUGCAGAAGUCUGUGUAGUUAGGGUAGGGAUGACUUAUUACGAAGCAAGAGAUUUAGAAAUUAGUCGAUUCAAUUGUUACAUGAACUUUGAUGGAACUAUUGAUGCACUAACAAGAUGGGUUGAUAUUAUUGAACAUCGAGAAUAAUUGUUAAAUGAUUUGGAAGUGUUAGCAAAAAUGAUAAAGAUUAUUGAAAGUGCAAAGUAGGCUACUACAGUAAUUCGUGAUUAUGAAAGAAAUCGUCCAUCUUUUAAAGCAUUUCUAUAAAAUGAGUGGACUUCAUGUAGAAUUGAAGAUGCUUAUGAUUAUGUAUAGCGUCUUAAUGCUUAAAGAUCAAAAGAAGAGCGAGUUGCAUUAGCUAAUUCGAUUAUUAAUUACUUAAGAAAUGCAGAGAGAUAAAUCUAUGGAUAUGUAGAUUCAUGUAAAAAUGUGAGAUUAACUACACAUUUGAAAUAAAAGAUUGCAUAACUAAAAGCUUUGAAACAAGUUUGUGAAUAAGAACUUAAAAAAUAAUAACCAAGAGAAGUUAUAAUAGAAAGUGAUGAUGAUGAUGUUGUUUAUUAUUUUGAAGAAUAAGUAACAGAUGAAGUUUAUGAUUAUAUAUAUGUUUAUGAAGAUGAAAUGGAAGCUGAAUUCCCAGUAGAUGAUUCAGAACCUUAGGUAUAUAAAUAUGGCUAAAAUCCAAAAGUGACAAAGAGUUCUGUUAUAAAAACAAGAGAAAUAUAUGGUGCUUAAAAGGAUACAAGUAAAGUUGUUGAUGCUCAUUCCACUUAUGGACCUAUUGAAUAUAUUAGAAGUGGAGUUGGAGAAGAAUGUGAAUAUUAUGGUGAUACAGUAAACUAACCAGAGCCAGAAUAUGUAGAUGGAAUGGAAGAAACAGAAGAACAACCUAAAUAGGUUACAGAUGAUCCAAUUCCAGAUGAUGAUAAAGUAACAGAAGAGGAAGUUGUUAAGGAAGAUACUACAGAAGAAGUAAUCUAAGAUGAUCCAAUCCCAGAUGAUGAAAAAAUAACUGAGGAAGAAAAUAAAUCAGAAGAAUUAAUAUAAGAUGACCCAAUACCAGAUGAUGAAAAGAUUACAGAAGAAGAAAGUAAAGAUGAUGAAAAGUUAACAGAGGAAGAGAGUAAAGAAGAUGAAAAGAUUACAGAAGAAGAGAGUAAAGAUGAUGUAAAUGUAUCAGAGGAAGAAAGUAAAGAUGAUGAAAAAAUUACAGAAGAAGAAAACAAAGAUGAUGAAAAUAUAACAGAGGAAAUAAUAGAAGAUGAACCAGUACCUGACGAUGAGAAAGUUACAGAAGAAGAAAAUAUUACUGAAGAAACUAUAACUGAAGAAACUAUUACUGAAGAAAUAAUAUAAGAUGAACCAGUUCCAGAUGAUGAAAAAAUAACAGAGGAAGAGGCUACAAUUGAAAUUACAGAAGAAACUCUAGAAGAAACUAUCUAAGAGGAGAAAAAUGAUAAAAAAGUUGUUGACAAAAAAAAAGUAAAACCAAAAAGAAAAGAAAAAACAAAAAAGGAAGAGAAAACAAAAACAAAAAAAAAUGAAUAAAAAGAUGCUGAAGUAAUUAGUAAGAAGAAAAAGACAGAAUAGAAAGAAACUAAGAAAACUAAAGUUAAUAAGUAGGAUGUUACAAAGAAGAAAUAAAAAGUUGUAUCAGAUAAGAAAAGUGUUGUUGAAGAAAAAUAAGAAGAUAAAAAAAUAGAUGUUCCAGUUGAUGAUAAAAAAGAAAAUGGAGAAGAAGAUGGUGAAGUAUGUGUCCCUUAGUUUAGGAAGAAAUCAAAAAAGGUUUUGAAAAAAGUUAAACGAACAGGACCACGUCGUAAACCAGGCUAAAAAACUAGAAAAGAAGCUAGGUAAGAGAAAAAGAUGGCAAAAAAGCAACCAUUACCUGCAAUUUGUUAUGGUAAUAAAAAUUAUGUUGAAGAAAUUGUUGGAGAGGAAAUUAUUGAAUCUUAAAAGAAAGGUGCUAAUUAUUUAGCUGUAGAGAAUUUACUUAAUGAUGUUGUUAAUGAAGAAAAACAUGAUGAUUAAAAUGAGCAUGAUAGAUCUAUCAAAUUAACAUCAGUUAAAGAUGAAUUUAAUGCCAAUGAACCAACACAAUUUUAACCCCCUAAGCAUAGAGCAAGUAGUGGUAGAGUUCAAGAAAAGAAAGCUAUUGCAGUUAACACUAAAUAUUUCCAUUCAGAAUUUGAUGGUGAACCUACUUAAGUGUUUGAAUUUGAGGAUAGAACAUUAUUACAAGAUGCAUCUGAAUAUGGAUAUGGAUUUUGGGUAAGAUUCAGUGAACAUUCAACCAAAUAACAUGCUAGAGAAGAAGGAAAAUAUUAUUUCUUAUCAAGAAUGACAACAAAUGAAGAAUAUGAAGAUUUCUCUUUUUAUGGGGAUAGAACAUUAGCACUAUUUCUAUAUGAUAAUUCAUUUGUAUUUUCAACAUAUGAUAUUACAACAUAAAGUAAAACAAAAGAUACAAAUGUUGUAUUGAAUGAGAAUAUGGAUAGUAUAUGGUAUUUUGUGGCAUACUCUUACAGUUCUUAAUAAAAAAAAGUAGUGGGAUAUAUAGUAAAAUAUGGAGAAGGUGCACCUAAAUAUAGAAUAGAAAUUGAAGCUUAGCAUGUUCCACCUACAUAUGUUAAAUUCAUUUUUGGAGGAAAGCAUAUGGAUUAUUUAGGAUUAAAUGGAUAAUUUGCAAAUAUCUUUUAUGAUGUUGAUGCUCCUGCAUUUAUAGAUGGAGAUGAAUCUUUGGAAGAAAUCAUUAAAACUUUGAGUAAUAUGCCCUAAUAACUUCCUAUUUUGAUAGAAGAAACAAUUAUCAGCAAGCCAAUUUUAAUUAAUGGUAAUGAAAAAGGAGAACAUUAUCAUUUUGAUCCUUAAGAAUCAUAAUUAUUAAUUGAAGAAUAUGCAGUGGCAUUUUGGUUCAGAUGGGUGGAUGAUCUCAAAGUAGAUGAACCUAAUGCAUUUUAACUAAUAAAUUUGAGAUCAAAUAAAGUACGUGCUUAAGGUAAAGGAGUCUUAGGUGAUAGAGCUUUGGAAGUUCAUCAUAUAUAUGGUGGAGGUGUUAAGAGUAAUGUAUAUUUCAAUACUUAUACUGUAUAUGGAAACAGAGCCAAAGGGUCUGUAAAUAUUUUAAAGAGUGUUGAAAGUGCUGAAUAUAUUUGGACUUAUGUAUAUUUUGGUUAUAAGGAAGGAAGAGCUUAUGGUGCCUUAAUAAAGCCUUAAGUAAUUGGAGAAGUUAAAUUUGAAGGAGUUUAUCAUAAGCAAGUUAAUCAUUUGAGUGUUACAGUAGGAGGAGAUGAGACAGUCUCACCUUUCAACGGGAAAAUAGCUUUUGUAGGAAUUUAUAUGGGUGAAGGUGCUUACAGAGAAGGUCUUGAUUUUUAGACAACAUUUAAUUAUGGAGAAGGAGUAAUGGGAGUAUAUUAGGUCGGCAAACCAGUGACUUAUUUGGGUGUUGAUUAGAGUAGAUAUGUAGAAUUUGAUCAAGUUGAUAAUGUUGUAGAUAAGAUUAUUAUUCAUGAUGAGAAUGGAAUGAAGAUUAAUGGUUAAAGUGAAUAUGCAUUUGGUCUAUGGACAAGAUGGUUGACAACAUUACCAAAAUAUUUAAAUAAAAGAUCCCCAGUUCAUAAUAUUGCCAGAGUUGGUACUUAAGGAUUUAUAAUUGAAUCAUUGGAUGGCAAAUGGGUUAGAGCUAAUGGAGGUAGACCUUAAACUGUAAAAGAUACGACAUUGGCUUGUGUUUUAACUUAAGAAUCAUAUGAAUUUUAGACUCUUAAUCUUAAGGAUGAUAUCCCAUUCUCUAAUUUAGAAGGUUAAUGGAAUUAUGUGUAUUUUGGAUAUAAGAGAUAGGGUGAUAAUGGAGUUGCCAAAGGUUAUAUUCAAUUUGGAGUAGAUGGUGAAAUAGAAGAGGUGGCAUUCACUGUUUAUCAUGAUUUCUUAGUAGAGUAUGUAGAAUUCAUAGUAGGCAAAACUUCAGCUCCAUUAUUUAAUGGUGAAUUAGCUAGAGUUACUUUUAGUUUUGGUCCUGGAGCAUUUGUACCAAAUAAAGAAACUUUAAGGGUGUUUACAUAAAAUUCAUUACCUGAAAAGGCAUAAAUUCAUCCAGUUACUAGAUAGACUUUAUAAUUAUUUGGAUCUGCAAUUACAAUAGCUGAGGAUCCAAUUUAAUUUGAAUUUGAUAAAUAUUAAGGUGCAGAAGAAUACUCAGUUUCUGGUUGGGUUAGAUGGGCUGGUCCACUUGUAACUGGUAAGGAAUCACAUGUGAUAACAUUGUCUUAAAAGAGAUUGUUGGAUAUUGAUGGAAACAAAGAAGAAACCUUAUAAAUUAUAAGAGGAGAUUCUCUAUACAGAUUUAUUACUUAUACUAAUAAUGGAAAAUUGAUUCCUGCUGAAUAAGAAUUCCAUGAAUAUGCUGAUCAAUGGACUUAUAUAUAUUAUGGAUAUUCAAAAUAAUAAUUAAAAACAUAUGGUUAUGCAAGAUUUGCUUUUUCUGAUGCAGAGUUUACAUAAGAAAAUAUUUAACAUUUCUAUUUAGCUGUAUUUAGUAUUAUGGUUGGUCAUGGAAGGUAGUCAUAUGUAGAUUUUAUUGGGUAAAUGAAAACAUGGGUAGUUAAUGUAGGUUUUGGAGCUUAUAGAGAGGGUAACUUUGAAGAAGAUGAAAAUAUCAAAAUACAUUUUGGAUUUAUUAGUGGAGCUGAUCAUAUAAAAUAAGCAGGUUAGGAGGCUCAUCAUGAAGAAAAGAUUUUAGAGUGUGCAACAAAAGAAGAAGAACCUCCUAUGCAAAUUCAUUUUGAAUAAAGUUCAACUCUCUAAUUACAUGGAGUAUCAGAAUAUGGAUAUGGUUUUUGGUUGAGAUAUCAAUAUUUAGGAUCUAAAUAGAAGAUUUUCUCAUAACCUCAACUUAUGGGAGUUGCAAGAUUAACUAGUAAUAGAGAUUAUAAAGAUUUUGAUAAUCCAGGGGAUAGAGUUCUAUUGAUAGUGAUGGGUAGAAAGGCUUUCACUUUUGGCACUUAUGAUGUUAUAACAAAAGCAAAUAAUGUUGGAGGUGAUUUAGAAUACAAAAGAGAGAGUGAAGGAGAAUGGCAAUAUCUUUAUUUUAGUUAUAAGAGACAUACUUAAUAGGAGGGACAUGCUAUAGCUUUUACUUAAUUUAGAGAACACACUGAAGGAUUAAAAAUGGAUGUAUUACAUUCUUUAUUAACAAACUAUUUAUACUUUUCUGUUGGUCAUGCUGGCAAAUAUUAUGCUAAUUUCAAUGGAUAAAUAACCAAAGUUAGAAUUAAUUUGGGUCCAGGAUCUUUUAUUGAAAAUAAAGUUGAUUUGUUAUCUAGAAUAAAGACUAAAGAUACUAUUCCAGAUAUUGAAUAAGUAAGUAAGAAUAUUGAAAUUUUAUCUGGUAUACAUGAUGUAAGAAAACUUGAUGAAAAACAUCAUUUAACUACAUUUAAUCAAGAAGUAAGAGAAUAUGGAGUAUAAUUGUGGUUUAGAUGGUUUAAGAGUUAAAAGAGUACAUAAUUGAUGUAUAGAUUGACAACAAAUGGAGCAGAUAUUCUAGGAGAUGCAUAAAAGAUAGGUGAUAGGACUUUAGUAUUAUGUCAUACAGAAGGUUUAGAAUUCAGUACUUAUAGUUUGGGUGAUAAGACAGUUUAAUUAAAUAAUGCAUAUCCAGUUUAGAUUGCAAAAUAGAAUUAGGAAGUGUGGACAUUUGCAUAUUUUGCAUAUUCAAAAGAGAACUAAUAAAUAGUUUAUUAUAUUAAUACUGAAGAUAAUGAGUAACAUGCUUUAGAAUCUGCUUUACAUGCAGUAUCAUCUAAUUAUUGGUUCUAUUUGGCCAAAGAUGCUCUCUUGAAUUCUUAUGAUAGUCGUUUAGCUUAAGUUGUAUUGAAUUUUGGAACUGGUGCAUUUAGAAAGGAUAAUUUCAAAGGUUUGAUGGUUUAUUUAUAGUCUCCAAAAUUAUUCAAUCCAAAUGCAAAAUUAUAAUGGGAUUAUGAAGAAGAUGAGUUGGUACUAGAUUCCUAAGAUACUAAUAAAUAAGGUGUAACAAUAAGAAUUGCUGAACCAAAUUAAAAGAUUGAGAGUAUUUAAGAAUAUUCUAUUGGGUUAUGGAUUCGUUUCUUGUAGGCUUGGCCAUCAAGAUUAUGGAAUAUACCAAGUGAAAUGUAAAUCUUCAGAUUGACUUCGAAUGAAGAAUUGGAAAAUGGCAAGAUUGUUAUUGGUGAUAGAGUAUUGAGUGCAUAUUUGGUAUAUGAUAACUUUUAAUUUGGUGCAUAUGAUAUAAGUGAAGAUGCUCCAAAUGAAAUAUCUACAAUAUCUUAUUCAUCUUUAGAAGGUAAAUGGCAUUAUAUCUAUGCUGGAUACAAGAGAUCAAUUUAGGAAGCUAUUUAUUAUGUUUAUGAUGGAGAAAAUAUCAAAAAAACAAAGAAUGAAUAAUUAUUGUAGAGACCAUUAAAUGAAUGGAUUAAAUUAAUAUUAGGUGGAGAGAAGAAUGUUGCAGGAUUUCAUGGAUUAUUUAGUCAGAUUUCAGCCCAUCUUGGUAAAGAAGCCUAUGUAGAUGAUGAAGAAUAAUUACUAAAAUCAAUAGAAUCAAGUUAUGCUUUGCCAUUAGAAUUAACUGUAGGAUAUAUUCAAAAGUAGAAGAAGGGAUAAAUAGAAUUAGAAUAAUAUAAAACACAAGAAUUAACUUAAAUAUAAGGAAUAGGAGAAUAUGCUAUAAGUGGAUGGUUUAAGAUUGCUGAAGUACAAACUAAAAUUGAAGGUGAAAUUAAUUCUCCAUGUCAAAUCUUAUUCAGAUUGACCAACAAUAAUGAUGAACAUUUGUCUGAUAGGAAAUAAUAAGGAGAUAGAACUUUGUAUGCUUAAGUUUGUACAAGUGAUACAGUUAAGGUUAGUACUUAUAGCAUUUUAGGAUUGAAAGAUUGGAAUGAAGCUAAGUUUUUGGAGGCAAAAGCAGAAAUGGGUAAUUCAAAGAGAGCUUGGACAUACUUUUAUAUGAGUUAUAGUGAAGAUAAGAGAGAAGUUGCAACAUUAAUAAAAUUAUUUGAGAAAGAUGUUCCUAUUGUUUUUAAAGAUGUAUAGCAUUUUGUUGCAAAUAAUAUGUUUAUAUAUUUGGGUAAAGAUUCAUUUAGCAGGAAAUUUUAAGGAGAAUAACACAAAUGGGAAUUAUUAUUUGGAUCUGGAUCUCAUACUUAUAAUGAAGAAACAAUGCCAAAUUUAAGAUAUAUUAUUAAGAAUCAAAAAAAUAUGUGGUUUAUGAAAGAAGAUAAGAAAAUUGAUAAUAAAUUUGAAUAAACUUUCAAUAAAGAAGUUGAAUCUGUAGAUGAAUAUGCUGUUGGUAUGUGGACUAGAUGGUUAAUAGCUUUUCCAACUACUUUGACUGAAAGAUCAGAUACUCAUACUAUCUUCCGUCUUUCAUAGACUUUAGAAUACUAGGAUAAGGCAGAUUUAGGAAAUAGAGCAUUAUCUGCAUUCCUUAAAAAAGGAUUUUAUGAAUUCAGUACUUAUGAUGUAUCAGCUCCAAGUAAUGCUGUUGAUGCAAAAGUUAAUUAUGAAAAUUUAGAAGGAGAAUGGAAUUACAUAUAUGCAAGUUAUAAAAAUAAAUAAUUUUAUGGAUUGAUUAUUUUUAGAGAUAGACAACAUGUUGAAUAAGUAAAAUUAGAUGUAACUCAUUUUGUAUUUACUGGACAUGCUAACUUGGUUCUAGCAGCAAAUGAAUUUGGUUAUAAAUCAUUCCAUGGAUGGAUAUAUGAUCCAAGAGUUUUUUUGGGUGUUGGUGCUUUCUUAAAUAAUCCUGAUACAAUAUUAGAGAUGGUUCAGAAAUUACAUCGCAAAGUCCCUAUAAGUUCAUAGUCAUCUGAAGGAUUUGGAUGGCCAGUCAAAAUGUUGGAUACUACUAAUUGGGAUGAUUUAGAUGAAAAAAAGAGUGAACUUAGAUAUGAAUUUGAUGAUAAAUAAGAAAUGCUCAGUUAUAGUAUUGGAUUUUGGUACUAAAAUGCUCCACUUUUACCAGAAAUGGAAGAUGAAUUCAGAGGGCUAUUAAGAUUGACUUCCAAUAAUGAAGAAGUAGGUUAGGACAAUUAAUUUAUUGGAGAUAGAACGUUAGCAUUCUUUACAAAGGUUAAUGAGUUAAUGGCUGCAACCUAUACUAUAAAGGAUCCUUCAUUUGAAUCCUUAUAACAUACAUUUAAUGUUAAGCCUUAUCAAUGGACAUUUGUAUAUUUUGGUUACCAUUAACAUGAAGUAAGGGCUUAUGUUUUACAACCAGCUGGAAUACAAGAACAUACAAUAGAAGCAACACAUAUGAUUCCAAAUAAACUUUAUUUGCAUUUAGUAAAUGACAUAGGACAUCCUUCAUUUUGGGUAUCUUUAUUGUUUAAUUAUCUUUUUUAGGGUAAAUUGUAUGGAUUAAAAGUCAAUUUUGGUGACGGUAGUUACUUAGACAAACCAUAGCAACUAAUUGAUAGAUGGCCUUUUGAUCCUAAUAAGAUUAUAUUAACCAAACAAGAGACUAGUUCCAAAGAAUGA